AUGGAAACGAUACGUUCCUUGACUGAAAAUUUCGAUAACAACAGAAUCGAUCAUACCGAGUUCCGUAACUCUAUUCAACUUUUGUUCGACAUUGAUGCAAAGACACAACACCACCACCACGUUGAUACCGAACUUGAAGACGGUGAAAUCCGAGAACACCAUGUUUUUGAGCUUAUCCCCGAGGAAGAACAGUGUCAUGUCAAGUACGAGGUACUGAACAACAAAGUCUCUCUGGUGAAAGGUUAUGCGUUCGAACAUAAGACGCUAACCGAGUACGAAACCGCAAUGGCGAUAUGCGAAGAAGAGAUGAGUGAGGCUGAUGUGUCGAUGGAAAGUCUGAGAAGUGCAGUGGAGAAAGCCGAGAAAGUUAUAAAGGGAGAGAUGAAAGUUGGGGACCUUGGAGUAAUGUUCUACACGUGCAUCAAAGAGCUAUGUCAUGUUGAUGUGUUUGAACAUGUGAGACACGACUACAAGAAGGCUUUACCUAAGAUCUUACCCCGGUUGAAGCAGAAACUGAAUGAGCUCACAGUUGCUCGAGCAAAAAAAAAGUCUCUCUUGAAGCAAGUCAUGGAAGACAACACUGCAAAGCAAAGAGAUUCCACUGCACAAGGUCAAGAUAAACCAAUAAUUUUUUUAAUAAUUUCGUCUGUUUCAGUAUGA